UAUUAAAUUUGGCAGGAAAUGUGAUGAAUCAGUGGAGGAGAAACGAUUAUAAAAGGCGGCACCUCAUCUCCAUUGAUUCAGAAGCAAGAACAAUGCAAGCCUGUGUGUUGAGCCUUUUUGCCGUAGCGCUGGCAAUCUGCGCUUUAUCAGUUUUUGAUACGGCAGCGCAAGAUACUACUACUACUACUACUACUGUGGUCAAAACCACCGGUAAACCCACAAAACCUACAAAGCCGCCAAAAUGCGACGCAGGAAAUUACAAGAAUUUUUUUCAGGGAAAAAGCCCGUGCUGCAAAACACCUCCAGGUGCAUUUUUUGUGUACAACAAGACGGACAAGUCCAGCACGUCCGACGCAGCCGCCGCCAAGUAUUGCGGAACUAACGAAGGUAGUUUAACGGCGGCUUUCAAUAUCUUGACUUUGAACAAGUACCAGAAAGUGGAUGCGAAGAAUGGACAAAACAACACCGUUAACCUGACUACCACAUUUUUUAAAAACAUCGCAAAAGAUGCCUGUGCCGUUAAUUGCUACCUCCAGUUUAAAAAUGCUAGUGAUGCAAAUGGAACAUUGGACGUGUCAGCGGUAGCUCAAAUAUUCCUCAAAUACCAAAAUUCAACCUACUGGAUCGGUGCUUUGACUAAUGUUUUCCUAGCUUGCAACUCGAUUAUUACCCAAUUAUCUUUGCCCACUAACUUGACAGAUAGCAAAAAAAGGCCAUGCUUUUUCGAUGCUUACCUGACGGCCCAAUGCGUCAACUUGCUUUCUAUUGUGGUAUUUAAAAAUUUGGCUGCCGAUUAUGUUAAUAAAAAUAAUAAUUUCGUCAGUCUUGCCCUCCUGAAGCUAGAGAUAACACAACGGGCAGUUGUAAGACCUUGUGGCCUGAAUUCGAUUACUGCGGUAAAUCUCUCUUCUCUAGCUUUAUAAGCUCAGCUCCAUCUUCACUCGCAAUGGACGAUAAAGUGAGGGAAAUGGAGAUGAAAUUCGUCAACUGAAAGGCUUCCCGUGCAGAAUUUUUUGCAUUAACAGACGACUGGCUAUGGAACUGAACAUGACUUCAACAAAGUUUACAAAAACAUAUAUAGAAAUAAAAGACAUUAGAGUCCUUUAUUAUUUAAUAUAUUUUUUCACAAUGUAUGGUUAUUAUUACGCGUUUUGUUUAAAAAAUUGAAUUAUAUUUGUGGGGAAAGAAUAAAUUUCA